AUGAUGAGCAAGACGCUGUCAUUACCGCGACAGCUCACGAAGGGCGCCAAAGCUGUUGCGCGGGCUAGGCAGUAUGCGACUGCUUCGAAUCACGCACAGGAUCCAACGGAUCUGGACACGAUAACUACACUUCCUAAUGGCUUGCGAAUCGCAACGGCAGAGCAAGCAGGACAUUUCAGCGGAGUAGGCGUGUACAUUGAUGCAGGAUCGCGCUACGAAUCCAAUGCCCUGAGAGGCACGAGUCAUAUCAUCGAUCGUUUAGCCUUCAAAUCAACCACGAAACGAUCAGCAGAUCAAAUGCUGGAGGCCAUGGAGCAGAUGGGAGGCAACAUUCAAUGCGCCUCAUCGAGAGAAAGUCUCAUGUACCAGGCGGCGACAUUCAAUGCAGCCGUGCCAGAUACAGUAGCAAUGUUGGCAGAAACGAUCAGGGACCCCAACAUCACAGAUGAGGAGGUGUUCAGGCAGCUGGAAACGGCAGACUACGAGAUUGGCGAGAUCUGGGGCAAACCAGAACUCAUACUACCAGAGCUGGUGCACAUGGCAGCAUACAAGGACAACACACUGGGCAACCCACUUCUAUGCCCGAAGGACAGGCUGGACCAGAUCGACAGUAGAACUAUCGAGGCAUACCGAAAAGCCUUCUUCAAGCCUGAGCGGACAGUCGUUGCAUUCGCAGGUGUGAACCAUCAAGAGGCAGUGAGGCUCACGGAGCAGUACUUUGGCGACAUGAAGGACCCAGCAGCAUCGAUCGCGAGGCCAUCCACAUCGUCCGAAGCGCAACAAGUUCAGCCCCCGUACCCAACAUCGCAACUACCGCCUCAAAAGGACUCUGGACUCAUGUCGCGACUAUUCUCGAAGAACCUCUCAACCUCAGCAUCGCAAAGUGCGACGGUCUCCCCUCUUGACCCAUCCGACAUCAUCCCCCAUCCGCUGGAUCAGCCGAUAAACUACGACCAACCAUCGCACUACACCGGUGGCUUCCUAACACUCCCACCUCUCGAGAUCCCACCGAAUCCAGCGCUCCCACGAGUAUCGCACAUCCACCUCGCUUUCGAAUCAUUACCGAUCUCCUCACCCGAUAUUUACGCGCUCGCAACACUACAAACAUUACUAGGAGGAGGUGGAUCAUUCUCAGCAGGAGGUCCAGGCAAGGGCAUGUACAGUCGCCUCUACACAAACGUCCUCAACCAAUACGGCUGGGUCGAAAACUGCGUCGCUUUCAACCACGCCUAUACGGAUUCCGGUCUAUUCGGCAUCUCCGCAAGCUGCGCCACACAAUUUGUUCCCAGAAUGCUUGACACCAUGGCUCGUGAGCUGAGCCUUCUCAGCACAGAAACAGGACUCGGCAGACUCAGCGAGAUCGAAGUAAAGAGGGCGAAGAACCAACUUAGGUCAAGCUUAUUGAUGAACCUCGAAUCGAGAAUGGUGGAACUGGAAGAUCUUGGACGGCAAGUACAGGUUCACGGACGAAGAAUCCCAGUCAAAGAGAUGGUUGCGAAUAUCGAGAACGUUACCAUGUCAGAUCUGAGAAGAGUCGCAAAGCAAGUCUUCAGUGGACAAGUGCAUAAUGUCGGCAAUGGGUCUGGAGCGCCUACUGUGGUGUUGCAGCAGGGUGAGGAGGAGAACGUGAAGUUGAAGGAGAUCCCAUGGAGUGAUAUCCAGGAGAGAAUCGCGAAGUGGGGUCUGGGAAGGAGGUAG